AUGGAAGACGAGAGCAGAGUCAAGAGACGAGAGGCAAGCAUGGUUGCAAGCGAGAGUUUUUUUUUGGUCCGGAACAAAAAUGAGGCAAAAAGUCAGUCACGGAAUUUGUGGAUGUUUCGAAAUUUCCCGUUUUUGCAGGUAUUUUUUUCCGCCGAAGGUCACAUGCAAUGGAGCAAGAUGAUUGGCUGGAGCAAGCCCAUUUCAUGUCUAAAGUGGAAAGGUGCGGUUGUUAGUAAGCAUGACGUUUCUGUGGUCGUUUUGGGCAAGACAGCACAUGGGAAGAAGCAGAGAAGCAGAGAUGAAGCAGAGAGGAAGAGAGAGAUGAUGAGAAGAAGAAGAAGAGGAGGAGGAGGAGAAACGGUGUUACCAAGCUAUCUCUGCUGGAGUCUAUCCAUGAUGCAGUAG